UCUUCUUCUUCUUCUUCUUCAAUUCCCAAUCACUUCAUUCUUGAUAUGGGUUUGUUGAGGAGGUAGAGAUACAUAAAGAAAGUGGAGGGAUUUUUAUUUUAUUUUUCUUCCUUUUAGAAAUUUUUGAUUUGGAAUUAAGUAGAGGUAGGUAGGGAUGAAGAUUCAGUGCAACGUGUGUGAGGUGGCGGAGGCGAGUGUUCUUUGCUGUGCAGAUGAGGCGGCGCUGUGCUGGGCUUGUGAUGAGAAAGUUCAUGCAGCUAAUAAGCUUGCUAGUAAACAUCAAAGGGUUCCUCUUUCCACCUCCUCUUCCCAGAUGCCCAAGUGUGAUAUUUGUCAGGAGACGAUUGGGUACUUCUUUUGUCUAGAAGAUCGUGCUUUGCUGUGCAGGAAGUGUGAUGUCUCCAUCCACACUGCUAAUCCGUACGUUUCUGCCCAUCAGAGGUUCCUGCUCACUGGAGUUAAAGUUGGACUUGAACCUGCUGAACCCGGUCCAUCUUCAUCUUCCGGGAAAUCACACUCCAGUGAGAAGGUAUCAGAACCAGAAUUCCGCCCUAUGUUGAGGAAGGCUGCCCCUGCUUUGUCUAACAGUCAAUACGAUGGAGUGCCUACUCAGGUCAAUGGAGUUGACGACUUCGUGCCGACAAAGACCUCAUUGACAGGGGGUUCUGCAGCUGGAAGUAUUCCGCAGUGGCAGUUUGAUGAGUUUCUUGGACUUAAUGAUUUUAAUCAGAAUUACAAUUUCGUGGGUAAUGGCUCAUCUAAGGCUGAUAGUGGAAAUCUUGGAGACUCUGACUGCUCUGCAAUUAUGAGGACUGUGGAAGAAGAGCUAGAAAGUGAUGAUUGUUUAGGUCAAGUUCCCGAGGCUUCCUGGGCAGUACCUGAAAUUCCUUCUCCACCAACAGCCUCAGGGCUGUAUUGGCAGAAGGCAUAUCAGAAUCCAACAGACUCCUCAGUCUUUGUACCUGAUAUAUCUAGCCCAACUAUUCAGAACUCAUUGACUGAUCACUCAUAUGCUCCGCCUACCUUCAAAAGGCGAAGGCAGUUUUGAUGUGUAUGUGAUGCAAAUAUGCUUCCAUGAGCCUCAAAAUUUAGAGAUGUAGUUCAUGCAUUACAAUUAUAUUGGCACAAUUUUAUCUUUGGUUGUAUAUAUUGUCAUCUUGUACCGUGAGAGCGUGAUGUAGUGAGGGUAGUUUGAGUCAAAUACCUGCAAAAAUCUUUUCUGUCAACGAGAGAAAUGAGUGCACCUGUGGGUGCAUGUGUUAGCAUAAAGUUCUCUUGACACUGCUCAUCUAAUAUGAGUAUAUGACGAUUCUCUGCUUCGAAGUAAAAAUGGAUAGUAAUUCCCUUUUUCGUUUUCAUUGGAGUGUACAAACAUGUGUAGAUGAUCAGUAAAUUCUGCAGAUAACAAGAAGUAAAUAUGAAUAAUCGAUGUCAUAAGAACGUAUUGGACCCAGAAC